AUGAAACUGGUAGGGAAGGGAAAUGCUAAUAUAGUUUUAGAAGAUACCAAUGAUAAUUCCCCAAUUAAAAGACUGUAUCGUAUCAGUACUAGAUACAACACCAUUGUAGAAAACAAUGACUAUACUCUUCGCAAUUGGAAUUAUAUCGAACAAAGGAUUAAACCAUUAUUAAUGGAUUAUUUAUGUGGUAUGGAAUUGUAUAAUAUGACUAGAGACAAACUAUACAACGUCCAAGAGGUUCAAACUUUAUUACAAUCAAGUGAUGACCUUAUAAAAUGCAUUAAGAUGGAAGAUCUUCGAUUACCCGCCGAAGAUGGGGGUGCCUCCGCAUCCAAAAACAUCACGCGGUACAAGGAUCAUUAUUUGAAGAUAUAUACCACCACCUCAGAUAUACUAUUUGAAUUGAAACCUAAGUGGCUAUAUUCCGUUAGCGUAGGUUAUUGUAGAACUUGCACACAUGCCACCAUGAUAAAAAGAAAUUUUCUGAUAUGCCCCUGUCUGCUUGUCACAGAUCCAGCAGAAGCUGUGGAACGUAUUUGCUCAUCUUCAUUAAAUAUAUAUCAUAAACAGCUGACUGAAUAUUUCAAAGACCCCUCGAAUAUAUUACAAUGCCUUUACAGACUACAACAGAAAUGGGAUCCAAUACGUCAACUUAGACACCAAUCCCCUAUAGAUCUAAAUACGCUCUGCACAGCAAUGACUCUAAGAGAUGUAACUAUAUUUAUCAGAAGCUCUAUAUCUGGCCAGAUUGCUGCUCGGAUCGUGGAUGUUGACCUAAAGCCUAAAAGUAAGCUAGAACAUUGGCUUGCAACCCAGAAUAAGCUAGAUACUCUUCCAGACGCUUCCAAAGUGAUCCACAUAAAAAAAAACAAACCUCGUAGCAAUCUGUUACUUCCGUGA